AAACUGACGUUUCUCUAGUUUGCUCAUCAAAAAAGUGAAAGACAAAAUUUGUUAGUAUUUUUGUUGAUAAAUUUUUUAAAUAAUUCUUAAUAAUAGAUAUAUAAAGUAAGAAAAUAAAUUGAAAAUUUAUAAUAAUCAAUGUUUAAACAUUUAGAAAAAGUGCGAUUCGUUGACAUUUAAAUUAUUCUCUCGUAUAUAUCAAAAUGGAGAGCAGUGAUGACAGUUAAUUGCGUUCAAUCGACAAGAGUUGGUGCUAUUUACAAUAUAUUAUCAGUUUAUGUUUUCUCUUCAUAUAUAAGUAUAUUUUUGUAAUAAUACUCCCUGAUUAAUGUUCAUAAAGUAAAAGUCAAUGAUUUAUAUUUGCUUUUAAAUUUCCUCCCAACACUUAUUUGAUUCGAUUGUCAUAACCUAUAAAUAAAAGAAAAAAAAAGGAUUGUGUCGGAUAUAUAUAUAAUAGUAUAAUAGGCAAUUAUAACAAUUAUUUUAAUCUUUUUUUACAAUCAAUUAAAACAAAGUGUUUAAAUACGUAGUUUUUUUUGAUAGUGUUACGUAUAUUAAGAGUGACUAAACAUAUUCGUGUAUGUGAAUUACACAGAAAACAAGAUUUUUAUUCGCUGACCUAUGUUUCUCUUGGAGUACUGAUAAGAUCAGUAUCAGAGUAUAUAAAUAAAUUCUAAUUGAUCAGUGAACUUGUGGAUUAUGUAUUAUGAUACAAAAUAGAAAACUCCUAGUAAAUUCAUUAAACUAGGAGUAAGGAGAAUUUCAAUUGAAAUUAAAUACAAAACAAAAAAAAAAUUAAAUUAAAAAUGCCUCAGUGUUGUCUAAGUCACAGAACUCAAUUAUGGCUGAUAUUUUUAACAAUACUUCUCUUCAGCAAUGUGGAGGGCGAUAUUUUAGUUUUCUCAAGUGCAGAUCGUCAUCAAAUCGAAGAAGAAUUCAGAGAUAUGCCAGCACGAUUUGGUGGACAAAUUCCACCUGAAGGAGUCAAAGGCAUGAUUGUUUAUGCAGAUCCUCCAUUUGCGUGCUCAAAUGUAAAAGAACCACCAAAUAUAACAGGUUACGAUGGAAAAUGGAUACUUUUAACAGCACGUUUUAAUUGUAGUUUUGAAAUAAAAGUUAGAAUGGCUCAAACAGCUGGUUAUGAUGCCGUAAUUGUACAUAAUGUGAAUAGCGAGGAACUAGAACCAAUGUCAGCGAAAGAUUCCGUGGGAAUUGAAAUUCCGUCAGUGUUUGUUAGCGAACUUACAGGACUGAUACUCAAAGGAAAUUAUCUUUACAAUCAUCUUUAUUUUGUAUUGAUAAAUGAUGAUUUACCUUUUAAUAUCAAUACACAUUUAUUAUUGCCAUUCGCUAUCGUCGUUGGUCUAUGUUUUCUUAUCAUGGUCAUAUUUAUGAUCGUUAAUUGUAUAAAAGAUAGACGAAGACAAAGGAGGCAUCGUCUGCCAAAUUCUAGUUUAAAAAAAAUUCCCACACAUAAGUAUACAAAGGGCGAUCCUUAUGAAACAUGUGCGAUUUGUUUAGAUGAUUAUGUUGAGGGUGAAAAAUUACGCGUCUUACCUUGUGCGCAUGCUUAUCAUUCGAAAUGUAUUGAUCCCUGGCUGACAAAAAAUCGACGAGUUUGUCCAGUUUGUAAACGUAAAGUUUUUGCAGCCGAUGAAAGAGUGAUAACCGACAGUGAAAGUGAUUCAGAGGCGGACGAUUCAACGCCCUUAAUUCGAAAUGGGCAUUCAGGUACACAAGGUGGAACUUUUGCUGCUCAAAGAGAAAAUCCCUUUUCAAGAGCUCUUGCUUCUCAAAGUGAAAAUCCCUUCUCAAGAGGAGGAAGAAGAUCACAACAAGAAAGACAAAAUGAUUCAAAUAGUUGCUCUGAUUCGGAAAAUUCAGCAUUAUUAAGUUCGGAUUCGGACGAUUUUAUGAGUGUUCACAAUGCAGAAUCAUCCGGUACAAUGUUCACUGUUUCUGACAGUCACAGUAUCAAUGGCGAAGUGCCAGAUCUCGAGCGCUCUGUCAGCAGUACAAAGCCACAUACUGUGAAUGUUUACACCGAAGAGGAACCAUCAUUAACCGUUAAUGUUUUAACAAAAAAUUCUACAACCCCUCAAAAUAGUGCAUCAUUAAAUUCAGCACAAGUGGAAAUUGAAGAAUUACCAACAACAGCAAUAAGGCCAGGUCAAAGUGAAAGAAAUCAUAAUGUGGUAUAGUCUUUUUAAAUUUUUAAAUUUUACAAAAAGAAAAGAUUAAUUCAUUAAUGAAGAUUUUUUAUAGUAAAAAAAAUAUCACAAUAUAAAAAUUAAAAAUUGUUAAUAUCUCGAUUAGUUUUAAUCGAGUCGAAAGAUGAUAAUAAUUUCUUUCAAGCUAUCAUCAAAGAAAAAAUAAUAAUUGGCUUUUUAUUUAUAUCGAUAAUUUUAUUUUUCCAUUUAUUAUUUCUUGUGGUAAUUUUGACAAUUACUGUAUAUUUUAAAAAAAUAGAAAUCGAUAAAAUUGUGAGUAAAAAUAAAAGAAGUUCAUAAAAACUGAUAAAUCAGUUGAUUUGCUGCAGUCAAUAUUUUGCAAAAAAAACUAAAUUGUUUUAUUAUGAUAAUAAUAAUAAUAUUAAAUUUUGAUUAUUUCAAAAAACAAAAAUUGUGUGAUAUUUGAAAAUAUAUAAUUAAUGAGAAUUGAAAGGGUGACAGAACUCGAAAAUAGUUAUAUAUAUGUAACCUGUGAUUCACGGAAAUGUAAAUAAUUUUUUUUUUUUUUUUUCUGUUAAUAUAUAAUACGAAGAAAGACCAAAAGUUAUAUGCAGGAGAUUUUAUUUGUAGAUCUAUGAAAACUAAAAAUAGAGAUAAUAUAUUUUUUUCAUUUUUUUCUAAUAAGUAUUUCUUUGAUAAAAAAAAAAAAAUAAUUUUAAUUAAAAUUAUUCAUUGUUUUAAAUUAAUGAUUUUUAUUCUUGUUGUAACAAAAAAAUUCAAAAUGUUAAAAAAGAAUAAUAAUCAUGAAAAAUAUUUUAUUUUUCCCCAAGUUUUGAAAGUUUUGAUUAAUAUAAUAUUUAUUUUGUCUUUGAUAUAGGCAAAAAAAAAAAACUUUUUUUUCCAUAUUAUACUUUAAUGAAAAAUUUUUUUCAUUAAAAUUAUAUGUAUGCAGUUUGUUUAAAUUUACAAAAAAUAAAGAAAUGUGAUGUAAAAGAACGUUUUUACAAAUGUACGUAUUCAGAAUUUUCGUUUUAUAUGUUUCUUUUCAAAUUACCUGUCUCGCAAAUAUUAUUUUCUUUUCAAUUUCAACGGUGCGAUAAAUUAGAGCUUUUACACACAAGUAUAUAUAUAUAUACAUCAUUUUGGUGAUGGGUAAAUAGAAAAUAAACGACUUUUUUGAAUUCUGAAAAAAUACGUGAGUUUGUAUAAAGUAUUGUAAAUAUACUAUUAUUAUAAUAAUAUAUAUAAUAUAUAUA